GCAGCCCUCCUCCUCAGGGUCUUGGCCCAGCUCACGGCUCACCUCUCUCCCAGGGUCUCUUCCCUGAUCCCUCUCUCGGGGUCUGUGUCCCCCUUCCCCUGAGGCACUGUUCUGCCCUGUUCCCUCCUGUCCCUGAGGCUUCUGCUCUGGGCUGCCCUGCUGGGCUGGGGGAGGGUGGGGGUGGGGGUUCCCAGCACAGCUGGGCCCUUGUUUCCCAGAAGGCCGGCUCCCCGCCUCCCCACCAACACACACAUUGUUCCUCUCUGGCUGUUUUUUCCUGUCUGGGACCCUCCAAGGCCAGGCCAGGGCUGACUGGCAGUGACUACUGCCCUGCCCUCUGCAGCUGGGGAAACUGAGUCUGGGGGGGGGCUUAUAACUUGGGGGUGGGGGUCCAUGGGGGAGCCCACCUUAGGGCAGCAGGGCCUCCCCACUUUACAGAGACGGACGCCAAGGCCCCGGUCCCCUCCCUCACAGCUCCCCAGGGGCUGCCUACACAUGUCCUUUCCCAUGGCCUUGUCCACAGAGCCCCCUUGUCCCCCAGGGUGCUGGCCACACUGCCUGGAUGACCCGAGACAACAUGCAGCUCUUUCCAUGGCCCUGACUACACCGGCUUCAGCACAGCUGGGGCACUGGCCCAGCACACCUGUCUACACCUCCUCUUCCAGGAUGGUGUCCGUGCCAGCUAUGCUGGGGCCCAGUCUCUGUCCCCAACCCCAGACGGCUCCGACGGCACAUGUCCCACGUUGCCCGGCCCCCUCUGGAAGUCGCCUGGCCCCUGAGAGGCUGGUCAGGGUCGGGGUGAGGGUGAGGUCACAUCUACACUGGAGCCCAGCGUUUCCCUGCCCCCAUCCCUUUCCUGGAAGCCAGCUGCCUUGUCACCACUUGCAGGUGUCAGCUGCCCCGCCCCUCUACCCUCGGCCUUAAAGGGUCGCGUCUCCCAAGGCCUCCCAGGGGCACAGACAGCGCCGCGGCGGGACAGCAUGCCCACAAGGGCCUCGUGGGUGCGGGUUCUCAUCUUGCCCUUCUGGCGUGGUGCAGGCUCCUAGACUCGGCCUCAGUUUACCCCGCCUGGGAAGUGGGGACCGGUCCUGAGUCCCAGCUACAGCGGGCGCUCAGAGGGCAUCAUCCGGACGCGGGGAGGGGGCGGGGCCGCACCCCGGAGGGGCUGCUUCGCCCACCGCUCUCCCCGCCCCACCCCGCGAUGGCCGCCCACAUCCUCCUGCUGUGUCUCCUCGCCUCCUCAGUCCUGGGGGACCCGGACUCCGCGGGCAGGCGGCCCGGGCCCCAGGCCCCCCAGCCCCGCGGGCGCCCCUGUUCCCUGGGCACGUGCCAGGCCCACCGCCUGCCAGACAUCCUACACUGGCUGCGCUCCGCCUCCACCAAGGAGCCCUCGGCGAAGGCCGGCCGCGAGCCCCAGGACCCCCGCAGCUACGGGCGCCGGCGGCGGCGCGGGGCCAGCGUCCCGCUGCGGCUCCAGGACCCCAGCCUGCGACAACGAAGCCAGCGCAGGGCCCAGCUCGCCGCGUGA